AUGGAGGAUGACUUGAAUCAGCUCAGAAUGAACCAUUGACUUGUUCUUGUAAUGGUUAGUUUGCUUCUAGCAUAGUUCCACUCCUUUACAUAGUUCCACUCCCUUACAUUUGUGAAUUGUUUCUGUUUAUUCUUGCUCUUGAGAUGGUAACAACUCCAUCUCCCCUUGUUUGAAUCCAUGAAAACCUUGCACUCCUUAGACUGGGAGAGACAGAAUUUUAGGCUGAUAGACCGUCUGAUCUCCAUGCCUAGCAGUAAACUCUUUGAAACCACAGUGUCUCAGGAAUUGGUCAUUUGAGCGCAUCGGGCAGAGAACCCACUGCUUUGUCCGGUAACACAAUUAACCAGAGGGUCUCUCCUGCGCACUCACCCUCAGCUUUUUCAUGGGGUGUGAUGGUCAUCCCAGCAGUUGCCUUUGGUUAUCAAGUGGAAACACAAGCCCCUCUGUGGGCUGGGUGGGGCACAGAGAGCCCGCUGAUAAAUAGGCUCCCCACAGACCUCGAGUUGACUCUUUUCUUGGAAAUGCCACGUUACUUCUGUUUAUUAGUAUAGCCCCUCUCUCCUGAAAUUGAACUUAAGGGUAGGGGAGGAAGUAAAACUGUUUUACCUUCUGUUACAGUGAGGCCAGGCUGUUAGAAGUAAAAAACAAACUUACUAUAAAGUAGACACAAACACUCUCUGUGCCUAACUUCCCCCCAUAUUCCUGGGGGUCUGGGGUUAAUUCUAGAGCCUGUUUUGCCACAGGUUCCGGGAGGCAAAACGGUGGUUCCCUAGUGCGCCUUCUGAGCAGUUUCUGGCCCUUUCUCUGCCUUUCUCUGCCCCCGUGGCUCCCGGGCCCACGGUUUUCCUCCCAUUGUUUGCUGGGCAGGAUUAGGCUGCCGCUGCUUUGGCCUGUGUGCAUUUCUGUGGUGCACAUCGCAGGGGGCCUGUGGUCGUGGAGGGAGCCCAAGGGGCAGGAGUCAGGCUUUACUAAUCAUUUGGUUUGAGUUGCUUCCACAGCUGUGAAAUGGGAAUAAAAAUAACCUGUUAAGAUCUAGUGGGAUGCACUGAAAUUCUGAAUUCCAAAAUUAAAGCAUUCCUACAGAAAAGCUGAUGCAGAACUUCAUCACACCUUUGUAAAUAAACACACUAUAAAGCUGGGUGGACUUUUCCCCAAUAACUUGGUGUAAUUGUUGUUUUCCUUUUGUGCAUCUGUUUUGUUGCUUCUUUUAUCUUGGGUGUUUUCCAUCCUCACUACUCAAAGACAGACCCACAGGCCCUAAGACAAAGCAUCUGCAUCUCUGAGAGCUGAUUGAAAUGUAGAAUCCUGGGGGUGGGGUGGGGGGAGUGAUUCCCAUCGCAGACCUGCUGCAUCAGAAUCUGCAUUUUAACAGGAUUAGCAGGUGGUUUUGUAUGCUCCUUCAUGACUGAGAGGCACUGGCUCCCAGACCCUUUUCCACUGGCCCAUUCUUCAUUCUGUUUUCUGAUUUUGUAGUCUUCACCCCAUCAUCCUCCUUAAAGUUGUGGACUUUACAGGGGUCUGGCAGCUGGCCCGCAGUGGACAGCAGGUGUCCUUGGGUGGUGGAGGGUGUUCUGGAAGUGGAGCGGGGGGCCCAGAAAGCCCCCUUGGAUGGCAGCCGUGGGAGCCUCCCGGGAAGCCUGCUGGCAAGGUCAUCUCUGGGGCACAGCGCCCAGGAGGUAAUUGGAGCCCUCCCAUGUGAAGGGGCAGUACCCAGCCUUCAGCCCUCACCAUCUGGUGCCACUCGCCCCACCCAUCCCAGCUGGAGGACAGGAUCUGACUCAGAUCCUGCUUUUCAGAAGAUGCACUAUUAUAGAUACUCUAAUGCUGAGGUCAGCUGCUGGUACAAGUACCUGCUUUUCAGCUACAACAUUGUCUUCUGGUUGGCUGGAGUUGUCUUCCUUGGGGUCGGACUGUGGGCAUGGAGCGAAAAGGGUGUGCUGUCCGACCUCACCAAAGUGACCCGGCUGCAUGGAAUCGACCCCGUGGUGCUGGUCCUGAUGGUGGGCGUGGUGAUGUUCACGCUAGGGUUUGCCGGCUGCGUGGGGGCCCUUCGCGAGAACAUCUGCCUGCUCAAGUUUUUUUGUGGUGCCAUCGUGCUCAUCUUCUUCCUGGAGCUGGCUGUGGCGGUGUUGGCCUUCUUGUUCCAGGACUGGGUGAGGGACCGUUUCCGGGAGUUCUUUGAGAGCAACAUCAGAUCCUACCGGGAUGACAUCGACUUGCAGAACCUCAUCGACUCCCUUCAGAAAGCCAACCAGUGCUGUGGGGCAUAUGGCCCCGAAGACUGGGACCUCAACGUCUACUUCAACUGCAGUGGCGCGAGCUACAGCCGGGAGAAGUGCGGCGUGCCCUUCUCCUGCUGUGUGCCGGAUCCCGCGCAAAAAGUUGUGAAUACACAGUGUGGAUAUGAUGUCAGGACUCAGCUGAAGAGCAAGUGGGAUGAGGCCAUCUUCACAAAAGGCUGCAUUCAGGCGCUGGAGGGCUGGCUCCCGCGGAACAUCUAUAUUGUGGCCGGCGUCUUCAUUGCCAUCUCGCUGCUGCAGAUAUUUGGCAUCUUCCUGGCGAGGACCCUGAUCUCAGACAUCGAGGCAGUUAAGGCAGGCCAUCACUUCUGAGGGGCGAGGCGAGAGAGCGGAGCUGAGCCACACCGUGGAGGCAGAGCCUUUCACUGUCUUAACUACAUCCAGAGGAAGAGGAGCCGACAUACCCACUCAGAGCCAGCCCUCCCUGCCCCCUGACUUUAGCAUCAGCGUGACGUUACCUCUCUGUUUCUGCUUGCUGGUGCCAAAGACCUAGGGUCUCCUCUUCCCUACACAAACUUGUGACUAUCCCCAGCUGGGGUCCACCCGGAGACAGAGACUGUGUCUUUAAGUGGGGGCUGUGCCUGAGGGGUUGCAGGGCUGCAAGGAGGGCUUGACUCGGUCCUGCUGGAGCACAGGUGUGUGGCUGGACACCCCAACCCCCUCACCGCGGACGUCCAGCGUCUGCUUUGGUUCAUCAGUGCUGGCUCUGGGGCAGCCACCUCUGUGAUGGGAUGAGGGGUAGGGAGAGCAGCAUACACGCUGAAAGUUCCUCUCUCCAUUAAGUCUAGCAGCACAGGGACCCUGCCUGCAACUGGGGAGGGGGAAGGAGAACAAACAGACCUCACUGAGUGCCAGCAGGGUCUGUGGUGGUGUGCACGCGUGGGGGGUGGGUUGUUUGCAGGGUCUUCAGCCAUGUCCAAGUAAAGUAAGCCUGAGCCAGUGUGUGGACUGGUGCCACAGGAGUGCCUUGUCUGCUGCCCUGCCCAGCCCUUCAGCAGCUCUCCCAGGGCGAGAACUGCCUCCAUCUCAGUAGCAUUAUGCCCUAAUGGCACUAGUGGGCAGUGGGCGUGGUUCUCCACCGAGAGCCGGCUCUCUCUUUCUUAAAGUGUGUAAAUAGUUUAUUUAUGGGGGUAAGAAUGUUCCGACACCAUUUCUUCACUUCCUCUCCCUUUCCUCUGGCAUUCUCUUCUAAGCAGCAUUACAUGGUAUCCUGGACUGAAGCCAUCCAUUUAGUUUCCUUGAGUGUCUCAAGGACCAGUCCUUAUCAGCUUCUCCUUCCUGUCCUAACAACCCAGGUGCACGUACAUGCUCCCCCUUUUUCUGUGCACCCCUUUCUCUCUCUCUCUCUCUCUCUCUCUCUCUCUCUCUCUCUCACACACACACACACACACACACACACACACACACACACACACACACCUUCCAUACCUCCACUCCCCAGCGUGGCCUCACCAUCUUCUGCUAAGGUCUUGGUGCUACUGAAACUGUCAUCUGCAACUUGAAUCUUGACCCUCUGUUCCCACUGCAGAGGCCAGGGAGCCCCAGCUGGAGGUGGCCAGCCAGAAACCUCUGGUCGGGGCUCCUCUUACAGCCACCACCAAGGGCUGGUCUGCCUGGUAUUUGCCUCUCCUUGGAGAGAGGCUGCAGACCCAGGCUGUGGCUCUGUGGAAGCUUGGGACAUUCUGUCUCCAGCUUUCAUGGUGACUCCCCCACACGGGAUAUCUGUGGUCACCGUGUCCACCCUUCCGGUCAGAGCUAUUCUGGGGCUUGCUUUUGGAAAUGAAAUCGGUCUUAAGUAACCCCUAGGGAUAGCUGGGAUGUUUGUCCAGCCUUGGCUGGGCUGUUUUCUAACGCUUCUGUGUAACUUGUACCCAGUUCAGUCCUGUGCACAUUGUUCAGGAAUCGAGUGCUACUUUCACUUACUUGCGGAAGUGUACAUUCUGGUGUGGUGUAUACUGGUGGGUGUUUGGUGGUGAUGAUGAUGAUCAUAUAAUUUUUUUUUAUAUGUAUAAUUUUCUCUGUAGCCUAAGGGAAGGAGAAUGCUUGUGUUUUUUAGGAAGUGUGAUGCUUUUCUUUGCCAAACUCUUUUAAAUGGAAUAUAUCUUUAUAUUAA